UUCCCCUCCUCUUGACUCAACGGUGACUGAAUCCGUCCUCCACCACAUCACCUCCAUCCGAGAAAUAAUGACCCGUGAGCAGCGGCAGCAGCAGCAGCAGGAGGUGGAGGAGGAGUGGCUGCAGCCGGGGCCCGGAGCAGUAGCAGUAGCAGCGGCGGUGGCAGCAGUGGCAGCGGCAGCGGUCUCCUGCUCUGUGGGGGAGCCAUGAGCAUGACUCCGCUCAGGCCUCCUCGCCCCAGCCUCACUGACACUCGUCCACCAGCAGCAAGAUGUAUUUCAACCGGAGAGCCAAGAAGAUACACAGCGAGGGAGCCUCGCCUCUCUCCCAUCAAUCCAACGGUGCAGGACCCGCUUGCUCGUCCGCCGGUUACCGCAAGGCAGACGAUGAGAUGUCCGGCACCACGUCCCAGGCGGAUCCCGUAGACGCCACGGCGCGGACUGUGCUGCUCAACCGGCCCCAGAACACCAAGUUCUGCGACAACCAUGUCAGCACCACCAAGUAUGGGGUUCUUACCUUUCUGCCCCGGUUCCUCUAUGAGCAGAUCAGACGGGCGGCCAAUGCCUUCUUCCUGUUCAUCGCACUCAUGCAGCAAAUCCCUGAUGUAUCCCCGACCGGUCGCUACACCACGCUGGUCCCGCUCAUCUUCAUCCUCACCGUGGCCGGGAUCAAAGAGAUCAUAGAGGACUAUAAAAGGCACAAAGCAGACAACACAGUCAACAAGAAGAAGACAACAGUGCUGCGGAACGGAGCCUGGCAGACUGUCAUCUGGAAACAGGUGGCAGUUGGAGACAUAGUGAAGGUGACCAAUGGCCAGCACCUUCCAGCUGACAUGGUCAUAGUGUCCUCCAGUGAGCCACAGGCCAUGUGUUACACUGAGACCUCGAACCUGGACGGAGAAACAAACCUGAAGAUCAGACAGGGUCUCCCACUCACAGCCAGCUUUCAGACGCUGGAGGAUUUGAUCGCCCUGUCUGGUCGCUUGGAGUGUGAAGGACCCAACCGACACCUGUAUGACUUCACCGGCACGCUGCGGCUGGAGAACCACAAUCCUGCUCCUCUGGGCCCAGACCAGGUGCUGCUGCGUGGCGCCCAGCUCAGGAACACCCAGUGGGUUGUGGGAAUUGUUGUCUACACCGGCCAUGACUCCAAACUGAUGCAGAAUUCCACCAAGGCGCCACUGAAGCGUUCUAAUGUGGAGCGAGUGACCAACAUGCAGAUCCUGGUUCUGUUUGGAAUCCUGCUGGUCAUGGCUCUGGUCAGUUCUGUUGGCGCUGCCAUCUGGAACAGAGAACACACCGAGGACGCCUGCUGGUACCUGUCCCGGGCCGGUGACAUCUCCACAAACUUUGCAUAUAACCUGCUAACAUUCAUCAUCCUGUACAACAACCUGAUCCCCAUCAGCCUGCUGGUCACCCUGGAGGUGGUCAAGUUCACACAGGCUCUCUUCAUCAACUGGGACAUGGAGAUGUACUACUCAGAGACAGACACACCGGCCAUGGCUCGAACGUCCAAUCUAAACGAGGAACUCGGCCAGGUGAAGUAUCUGUUUUCCGACAAGACGGGAACUCUGACCUGUAACGUCAUGCACUUCAAGAAGUGUACGAUUGCAGGAAUAACAUACGGCCACUUUCCUGAUCUCGACUGUGAUCGUUCUAUGGAGGACUUCAGCAAUCUGCCGUCCAACAGCAAUAACUCAACAGAGUUUGACGAUCCGGCCCUCAUUCAAAACAUUGAGAAGAACCACCCCACGUCGCCUCAGAUCUGCGAGUUCCUGACGAUGAUGGCGGUGUGUCACACGGUGGUCCCAGAGAGAGAGGACGACCAGAUCAUCUACCAGGCCUCGUCUCCAGAUGAGGGAGCUCUGGUCAAAGGGGCCAAAGGACUCGGCUUCGUGUUCUCCGCAAGGACGCCGCAUUCAGUCAUCAUCGAAGCUAGAGGAAAAGAGAUGAGCUAUGAGCUGCUGAACGUCCUCGAGUUCUCCAGUAAUCGCAAACGCAUGUCUGUGGUGGUCAGGACCCCCGACGGAAAGCUCCGGCUCUACUGCAAAGGAGCUGAUAAUGUCAUUUUUGAACGUUUGACUGAGGCGUCCCAGUACAAAGAUUUAUCCAUUGCUCAUCUGGAACAGUUUGCCACUGAAGGCCUGCGGACUCUGUGUUUCGCCUACGUGGACCUGGAGGAAGGCGCCUACCAGGAGUGGCUAAAGGAAUACAACCGGGUCAGCACCGUGCUCAAGGACCGAGCUCAGAAACUCGAGGAGUGUUACGAACUUCUGGAAAAGAACUUACUGCUGCUGGGCGCCACGGCCAUAGAGGACCGUCUCCAGGCUGGCGUGCCAGAGACCAUAGCCACUCUCAUGAGGGCCGACAUCAAGAUCUGGGUCCUCACGGGAGACAAGCAGGAGACGGCCAUCAACAUAGGUUACUCCUGUCGCCUGGUGACACACGGCAUGUCCCUCAUCAUCGUCAACGAGGACUCCCUGGAUGCCACUCGUGCCACGCUGACGGCCCACUGUUCGUCGCUGGGGGAUUCUCUGAGGAAGGAGAACGAGCUGGCGCUGAUCAUCGACGGUCAGACGUUGAAGUACGCGCUGUCCUUCGAGCUCCGCCAGGCUUUCCUUGACUUGGCUUUGUCCUGCAAGGCCGUCAUCUGCUGCCGAGUGUCUCCGCUGCAGAAGUCCGAGAUCGUGGACAUGGUGAAGAAACACGUGAAGGCCAUCACGCUGGCGAUAGGUGACGGUGCGAAUGACGUGGGCAUGAUACAGACGGCUCACGUCGGAGUGGGGAUCAGCGGCAACGAGGGCAUGCAGGCCACCAACUCCUCUGACUACUCCAUAGCACAGUUCUCCUACCUUGAGAAGCUGCUACUGGUCCAUGGGGCAUGGAGCUACAACCGUGUCACCAAGUGCAUCCUCUACUGUUUCUAUAAGAAUGUGGUCCUCUACAUUAUAGAGCUCUGGUUUGCCUUUGUGAACGGCUUCUCUGGGCAGAUCCUGUUUGAGCGCUGGUGUAUUGGCCUCUACAAUGUGAUAUUUACUGCACUGCCUCCGUUCACGUUGGGGAUAUUUGACCGGCCGUGCAGCCAGCAGAACAUGCUCCGAUUCCCGCAGCUCUACCGCAUCACGCAGAAUGCAGAGGGCUUCAACACCAAGGUGUUUUGGGGACACUGCAUCAACGCACUGAUUCAUUCAAUUAUCCUCUUUUGGUUUCCGCUCAAAAUGUUAGAGCACGACUCGCCCUUCAACAACGGUCAGGGAAACGACUACCUGUUUGUUGGGAACAUGGUCUACACAGUAAGUAUUUUACUUCGUUGUGCAGCUUCCUCCGAGCCAUUCGGAGUCUCCAGUCAGUCCAGUCCCGUCUAG